GCGGGGCGGGGCGGCCGGCGGGCCCGGGCCUCACCUGGCGGCAUGGCCGUGCGGGGCCGGGGCGGCGCCGGGGGCAGAGUCCAGCGCGGGCAGCCGGCGGCGGCAGGAGCCCGCUCCAGGCGCGGAAGAUGCCGCUGGGGCUGAGGAACAAGAAGAAGCACAAGUCCAAGGAGACCUCCAAGCUGGUGGAGAGCGAAGCGGCGGCCCUGGCCCCCGCGGCCCCAGCGCCGGCAGCGAGCGCGUCGCGGCUGCAGUUCCACACGCAGCUGGCGCACGGCAGCCCCACGGGCCGCGUGGAGGGGUUCGGCAGCGCCCGGGAGCUCUACAACAAGAUCGCCGAGGCGUUCGGCAUCGACCCCGCCGAGAUCAUGUUUUGCACUUUGAACACUCAUAAAGCUGAUAUGGACAAGCUCCUAGGUGCACAAAUUGGCCUUGAAGAUUUUAUAUUUGCCCACAUAAAAGGACAACGAAAAGAAGUGGAAAUUCUUAAAACUGAUGAUGUGCUUGGGCUUACCAUUACAGACAAUGGAACUGGCUGUGCGUUUAUAAAGCGAAUCAAAGAGGGUAGCCUUAUGGACCAAACCAAAAUGAUCUGUGUGGGUGACCACAUAGAGACUAUAAAUGGAAAAAAUGUGGCAGAUCGUCGGCAUUAUGAGGUUGCCAAAAUGCUAAAAGAUCUGGAGAAAGGUCAGAUGUUGAAGCUGGAGUUGAUAGAGCCUAUGAAAGCAUUUGAAAAGCUGGAACCAAGGUCCAAAGGUGGAACUCUGCCAGAAGCUAAAAUCUCCAGAGGGAGAGAAACACUUCGGUUGAGAACCAAGGGCCCUGCUACUGUGGAGGAAAUGCCAACUGAAAUUGAAGAAAAAGCCAUUAAAAAAGUGGAUGAGCUUCUUGAAACGUACAUGGGGAUAAGAGAUAUUGAAUUAGCUGCAACAAUGGUGGAAGCUGGAAGAGACAAGAAAAACCCGGAUGAAUUUGCAGUGGCAUUGGAUGAAACUCUUGGAGACUUUGCAUUUCCAGAUGAGUUUGUCUUUGAUGUAUGGGGAGCAAUAGGUGAUGCUAAGCAAGGACGACUGGAAUGAGAACUGUGCAGUUUAUCAGUCCCUAUUUGAAAAUACAAAAUUAUUUUCAAAUACAUACAACAGAAUUUUAAUAAGUUUAUUGACACGAAUCCAGGGGGAAUAUGGAAUGAAUAUAGAAUACUUCUGUGUAAAUAUUCUUAUCUGAGACUUUCUUUGGCGAAGGAAGGUUUCUAAUAGAAAUAUGAAGAUAAACCCAAAGUUCUGACAACUGCACAUUUAAAACAAACGUUUAAUUUACAUGUAGAAAUCACUGUGAGGACUGUGUAAAGGAGAUAUAUUUAUAUAGACAUUUUAUGAAAAUUAGGUGUUUUUUAUUGUAUGUACACUUUGAUAUCAAUAUUACGAAGAGUAUUAGACAUAUGCAACAGAGAGUUUGGGGUUUUUUAUCUCUUCUUUAGAAAGGUUUAUAAACUUGUUGAAAAUCUACCUAGCUACACACCGCAGUUCCUUGAUCUUUUGUUCUCCUUAUGUAUUCACAUACACGAAGAGCUGUGGAAAACCUAAAGCAGGGGUGUCAAACUCAUUUUCACUGGGACCACAUCAGCCUCGCCGUUGCCUUCCAAGGGCUGAAUGUAAUUUUAGGACUGUAUAAAUGUAACUGAUCCUACAUUCUACCCUGUUUCUGAAGAACCUGAGUUGAGGAAAAAGAAAUAUUCCUCUAUAACAUGAGAACUAAGAUCUUUGAAUGAAAAAAACUUGCUUGCAUUUGAGUCAUAGUACACACUGUCUGGGUAUUACUGAGAUGAGUAAGUAUUAUCUCUGGUUAUUUUCAACAUGACAACAUAAGAGGGGCAUUGAAUGUGUUUGAACUAGAAGAUAUUAUUGUAAAGUACCAGACGAUCGCAGUUUGGAUGAAAAUGCAUGCCUAAACCCUGAAAAAUACAUUAAACUAAUUUUAGAUGUUAGGAUUGCAAUUAUAUUACACAUAAACUUUAACUGAUAAUAUUUUACUAAUAAACCUCAGAUUAUUAAAAAUGAGCUGUCUCUCUUAACACAUCUGCUAUGCCUACGUUUACCCUCCUCUUCACUCUGUAUUUAAUAAAAAACAAUGCAAUAAGUUUUGGUUUUUUACUCGUGAUGAGAUUCUUUUUCAUCUUUUGCUAUGCUUGGUCUUAAUUAAGGAAGAUAAUUGUUCAUUUGCUUAGAAAAUGCUACUUUCAAGUGCUUAUUAUAGCCAAAUAACAUGUCAAGAAUGUCCUUGAAAACAAAACUGUGGGGUCUGAAGUGGGAAGGUGUCAUAGCUUCUCAGUGCUUUUUAUGUUUGCAUAAGCAUGUAAAAUAAUAGGCAUUAUGAAAGUGUUUUCUAAAUCACUACCUAGUGACAUUUCUUCUGAGGAAAAUGUCUUUCACUGUCUUGCAGAGAUCUCUUUAAAAUAAAGACUAUGCCAACAAUUUUACAUA